AUGAACCCGCAGGCAAAUCCACAGUAUAGGAAUGAUCUGUCCUCCUCUCGCACCACAGAUCAGACGGUGGGAUCGAUCUCCUGUCUCCAGCGGAAAACAGAACACAGCUCUGUUGACGACAAAUUUCUCAUCCAGAGCCUGUCCAAAAAGAAACUGUCGUCAUCCCCGUGGGCUCGUCAUCUCGGCGUAGCAAUCACCUUCCUCGCAGCAGCGUACCUUCUACUUGUUUGUUUUCAGUUCAUCGAAGCUAGAAAACUUUCGGCUCGACAAACUCGUUCCCUUGCAGACCGUCACGAUGGAUCAUGUGACUGGGAGAGUGCUGCGGACGACAGCGACAACGGCGGCGAUAGGUCUAGGCAGGGAAGGGGGCAGCAGCUGUCAGAGGAACGUCUAUGGUUGUCGCAACAGGAGGCUCAUGGAGCGCACGAGAUUGAAGCAUCAGGGCCUGGAGAAGUUGAUGUUGAGGCGUCUACUGGAGAGGGGGCAAAUGGGACAAGGUUCGGUAAUUGGUCACAGCAACUUGCGCAGUCUAGUAUGAAAUCAUGGGCAAAGCGAAACCUACCGCCGGCAGUAAAGGAGCGCCUAGUGGAUGUGUUCUCGCGAAUGGUGAGAGCUACAAGGUUGUGCAAAGCAUUGCUGCCAAAGCUAACGUGCGCACAACGCCUGCAACUGACAUAUCAAAUGAUGCGACUGAUGGCACUGGAUUUGGGAGCCAUUUCUUUAGUGAGGGAGGACAUGGAACCUGCACGGCAAAGCGUGGGGGACUCUCUCAUUAGUUUGGGCCUUGAAUGCCUCGGGAGUAGCGGCAGCGACGCAAAGCUUGAAGGUGAGCGCUCGUCACUUCGCCAACUGAUGGGUUUAGUUGAUAAACUUAAGCAGCCUCGGCGUGUUGAACACGAAUGCGGCCAUCUUACAUACAAAAUAAAGAUGGUGGCCAUAAUGAGUACUGCUGGCUUGACACUAAAGAAUUGUUUGGGAAUCCUCGAUAGGCUGCUGCGACAGAGCAAUGGACAACAGUCAGCGCUACCAGAAGCUGUGGUUCAGCAGCAGCUCAAUAUUCUGGAGGCACUUUAUCGUGUACAUGCUGGUCACAUCGCUGUGGACAGGCAUCUCAUGGAGCACAUCCUGAGGUGCCAGGAGGUCACGGGUGUGUAUGCGCUACUUCUUAAUCGCCAAGCAGUGAUGCCCGGGGCUCCUUUUCCAAAAUUACAGCAUUUGCAGAAUCAGAUAAGAAGGGUGGUCAGUGGCGCCGUCGGUUUUAGUCCAUUUCAACAGCAAAAUGCGAUACAGCGUGAACGUUCCAGCUACGUGUUUGUAGGAAGCAGCCAGUCGACAACGACUCGUCCUGAAACAUUUCUUGAACACUUGGGCAGGAUGGUGCUGCAAAGAAGAUCUGCCGCAACGCUCGAGCCAGAUUUAGGUUCGGGAGAUUUUUCAUCGAGCAAGCACAUGCACGGAGGCACGCUAUUCCCUCCUGCUGCAGUUCCACAAUGGUCAGCUAGCGAGCCGCCCCGCCAAGGCGCCGAACCAGCUGCGCAGCCUCUACCGCAGCUUGAAAGCCGCCCUCUAGACUAUCAACCACAUUCAGUCUUGUUAAGCACUAUUGGGCAAUCACCGAGCUCUUGGACGUCUUGGCUUGACGCACUAUACCAACCGUCGCAAGGUCCGGAACGCCGAAUUGCUUGGGAGUCAACUUCCGCAGACAGUUCCUUCCUCCCUUUCGCUCCUCACUCUGCUGAAACAGGGUUUUCUGUGGGCCCACUCGCGCUACCCACUGCCGCUGGACGUGAUAUUGAACCUCUUCUGGUGCCCACUACACAGCUGCUACAACGCACUCAAGUUGAGUCAUCUGCCAGGCAUCAGUCGCCAGCGGCAAGCACUCACAAACGCGAUUACAGCCUCUUCGGUCAGGGAGGUGUUCCUCCCUGGUCACCCUUUUCACUAGUGCCAGCCGCAUCUGUCGAAGAACAAGCGGCUGCCGGCCGUGGCUGGGUGGACGCUCAAAUGCAAGACAUGCGUGACCCUAGUACGGAUGACUUGGACGAAUCAGAGAGCAGGCAGCGGAGUGGACGCUUGGAGUUUGGUCACCAAUAA